GCAAGACUGAGCAUUGAUCCACUUGAACAAGAUGCGGAGCGUGCUGAUGUUCUACGUGUGGCAAGUCUAUUACCGAUUCUGCAGCAUCGGAAAGAGGCUUGCUUUACGGAGGCGCAGUUGCAGGCCUCUGCGUGGAGCCACCUAGUUGCCGCAUUUGGUACAUUGAAUUCGGAGGAGCGCGCAGGCCUUGCCUCCGAUAAACAGCUGAAGUUAGGUGGAGGUAAAGAAUUGCUGGCAAGGUUAAAGAGUAGAGCAGCACAGUGUGAUGAAGAAAGCUUCCGGGGAGGAGGAGAGUCGGCACAACAUGGCGGAAAGAACGGGUCUUGUCCAAGCAGUCCCAGCACCUCUGGUACCUCAGUGAUAUCUAGGUUAAGGGUUACCACAUUUUUGUAUUCUUGUUCACUACUAUCCUUGACUUGUUUUCCAGUUGGAAAAGGGUCAGUGAUGGUCGGAAGAAUGCAAUGUCGCAACCUCUAACUAGGGCCGCUUCGGCGAGUCAACCGGCGAAGGGCCCUGAUGUUGAAGAAAAGCCGGAAGGGAGUUCGGGCGCCGUGUCCACGGAUGGUGGUGCGUUAAGCUCCGACGAAAAUCGUACAGAAGACAGCGACAUGGGAGAUUGCAAUGACGCUAGUCCACAACGCACCAGUGGUGAUGCUGUCGUUCGACAAGUUACUGGAGAAGCAUCCACUGCGUCCUCGUGUGAGGGCGAAUUAAUAGAGAGAAGUGCGGAUGAAAGAGCCUCUCUACUUGAUGAUGGAGAUGGAGGACAACGGAAAGAAAAUCGGCAGGAGCAUGUUGAUUCUAGUGAAGGUAUCAAAGAAAUGGAUUUGGAUUUGCUAGCACCUCCAUCAGCCAAGCAAGGAGGGGAUUCACCGAACGACAUCCAGUAUGGACGAGACGUAAACCCUACUGUUUGCAACAUGGACGUCGAAGAGGACAAAGAGGAUCAGAAAGAAGGUUUAGGCUUCGAGACGCAGGCGACGCGUCGUAGUAGGGGACGGUCCGGAAGCAUGAUCAGUGUGGAUGCAGAUUCCGUCGACAAGUCCAAGGCGCCACAGCAAGGGAAUAGUGGAAAUAAAUUUGCUUUACUGCAUCAAGACUCCUCUGAAGAAGACCAGGAGGCAGACCAACGUGAAGGUACUCGUAUCUAUUAGAGAUGAUUUAUCAUAGAGAAUCAGUUUCUUGUACUCUGAAGGCCUGCAUGAUGAUAGAUGAUGCAUAUGAUUUUGGGCAUAAUAAUGCUCUUGGGGAUGAAUUCUAAUGAUGAUGGUUUACGGGCAUUAGUAGGAUAGUAUGAAGAAGACAUGAACGAUUACGCAGUGGUUUGCACUAGCAUGAAAUCUCAACGACAAUAGUAGGUCGUUGAUUUAAUAUUGGCAUGAGUGUGAAGACGCUUCUUCUACUAAAAAGUUAUCUAUAGGUUUGCCGACGAACAAUCCUCCGCCCACGGCGACGCCGGCGCCGGCGGGAAAGAAGAAGGGACCACUCGCAAAAGCAAAGCGCAUGGCAAAGAAAAGAGCGGAAGCGGAUGCCUCAGCCAGAAAUGCCGCUGCCACACAGGAGGUUUCUGAGAAGUCUGUUGGCGACGGCAAGACAACUGUAGACUUUAGUGGCGCUGGGACAUGUGCGCGUGUGUUCUCCGAUCAGCUAGCGAAUACCGGCACUGACACCAAAGAAGAAUCGGGUACUCACGAAUACCUGAGGCACGAAAACCUGAGGCUAUGCUUUUUGAUGUGCUGGAGUGCUACGAAUUUUAGUCAGCGAGAACAUCAACUUUCUGCAUUUUUGUUUGUAGUCGUCCCUGCCUGUGUUUUAACAUCUACUAAUUCUAAUGUGUAGUGUGAGUACUACUCGACGAGAGAACUUCUUUUCAAGUUCGUAAUGUGUUUCCGGUCUGUGUUUUGAUUUUAGGAAUGCCGUUGUAAUUAUUAUGCCAGGGUCAUCAUUGUUGGAGGCGGGACGAAGAUAUGUUCACCAUUAUUGGUUAAGUCCGAUGUUCAGACCGGCACUACUCGGAAUAGGUAACAACCCUUCGACGACAACGCGUAGCAGCGUGGCGGCGAACGAUGUUGAGAAGAAGCUUCAAGUGGGUACUGAGCUUGAGAAGAAGAAGUUUCAAUUCUUGAGUGCAGCAGCAACAGCGCAACAGUCCAACAAAGCUAGUUGUAUUGGUGAUGAGGUGGAGCUUCCGAAGCGUGCAGCAGAGGAACAUCAGUCCAAAGCUACUUCCAAGGACAAAGCGGGAGUCGACGAAGUGUUGAAUAAAGAUGUUUCUGAGCAGGUAGAGGGACAAAGCAUGAAUCGUCCAUCUGGGUUGCUCGCGCGAGUCUUUUACGAUCAUAAGACGCAGACCGAAAGGAGCGGCGCCUGCGAGGAAGGUACUUAAUUGCUUUGCUUAGAAAUUUGAAUUGUUUUUAUCAUACAAUUAAGUACAAUCAAGUCCAUUUGAUAUGAGUUCUACUUCUAUUUCUGUCAUACGAUACCACUUGACAUCUGCAAUAGUUCUCUUUCGAAAUCAUGCAAUGUAACUCUAAGGUGGCAGCGCAGCAGAGGAUCAGGUUGACUCCCGGUGGAGUCUAAACAAGAUAAACGAUUUCCUGGAUCGCUUGACAAACGACCGAGAGGUGUUAACCGAAGCAUAUGCGACAGCAGGUGCAGGCUCGACUGCUGAACGCGUUGGAAAUAGUAGUUGUAGCAAGGAGAAUGAAAAAGAGCGAGAUAGAACUGUAGCCAGGCUACAGCAUCAAGAAGGAACUGAAGUUCGAACUGCAAAUCAAGGGGAAAAUGAUGCGCACAUGGUAAUUUUGGGAAAUAUUAACGGGCGCAAGACUGUGGUGUCACUGCUCAGUGCGUUGAACGAGGAAGAUCGCAAUCGCAAUAAACAAGUAAUUACGGCGCAGCGGGUGCAGGAAGAGCAAUUGCGAAAAAGACAACGGUUAUGUAUUAACUUCUUGAGGAACAGCCAGGACCAGAAGGACAACAACAAGAAGGGCAGAAGCUCUUGUUCUACAUCUAGUACUCCCUCAGCGGAUAAAGAUAUGAAGAUAGAGGACCUUCCGCGCAUAGGUGACUUUAGAGUGGUGGAGAAGCUGGUCGAGAUCAAUAGAAAGACAACUCCUUCUUCUUCACAACAGUCAUGCAAUGGAUAUGGAUUUAUCACGAGGGACCACAAGAAUCAGGGUUAUGACACGUAGAAUUGCUAGAUUUGUCGUUGUAAGUACUUCUUCCGUAGUUAUUUCGCAUGUAUUAAGAUACGAUUAUGGCAGAUGUGCGCUAGUACUCAAGAGAAAUCUUGGGCAUAAUUUUUCUGAGUAGAUUCACUUAUAUCUUAUCCUCCUGGAGCGUGGCGGCGGAACAGGAUGGCGAAUCACUAUGACCACUCAUUAUUGUGACAUCAACUAGAAAGAAGAUGAAUGUAGUCACUUUCUAAUCCUAGCAGCUUUUGGAUAAUGUGGAGCCCCGUAUUGCCAAGGGAGAGGUCCUUUUUCUCGCGGGUAUUCUACCGACAGAGAAACAAGGGUUUACCUCAUGGACCAAUCAGCUUACAAAAGAACUCCGUUUGCCAUGGGGUCAUUUCCUAACAGCGGAAGAGGCAAAGAAACUGGAUGGGGCGAAAAAAGACUUAAGAAGAGAGUGAUUGCUGCAACUUCUAGAGAAUGAUUUAAUAUAUGCUUCAGGUCUGCACGGUACCCACCCUGUGGUAUGGUCUGCGGUGGCGCGCGCGCGCUUUUUCGCGCUGAUUUUCGCGGAUUCUAGUGGUGGAAGGCGCCAAAACUUGGCGCGGGCCUCCCCUUGCGCCUCUCAGCGUGUUCCCCAGGGACCUCCUGGCCUCUGCUGACCCUCGCAGGCGGGAGGUCUCCGGGGUAAACGGCCACGGUCGCAAGAGCACGCAAGCCGAUGACCAAGGGCCCGAAGGGUACCGGCUGCACGGCUCAGGGGGUCCAGCCCCACGCCUUUUGCCGCCUUCGGAGGCCUUCCAAGACCGGCGCACUGCUGCGGCGGCGAAGCAUAUCGGAGGCACUUAGGGCAUGGCCCCCCUUGCAGCUGCCUGGCUGUCCCCUACAGACCUCCGACGAAGGUGGAGGCAAGGCUUCAAAAGGGGCCCAAGGGGCCGCCUCCGCCCCCUUCCAGCGGCCUGCCUGUGCCCUACAUGCGCCGGAUUUGGAAGGCCUCCUAGGGCGGAAAAAGGCGAGGAGCUGGACCCCCUGAGCCUUGCGGUCUGUACCCUCCGGGCCCUUGGUCAUCGGCUUGCUUGCUCUUGAAAUCGUGGCCGCCUUCGGCGGCCUUUUACCCCGGAGGCCUCCAGCCUGUGAGGGUCAGCAGAGGCCAGGAGGUCCCGGAGGAACAUGCAGAGAGGCGCAAGGGGACGCCCGCGCCCAGCUUUGACGCCUUCCACCACUAGAAUCCGCGAAAAUCAGCGCGGAAAAGAGCGCGUGAGCGCCACCACAGACGACACCAGGGGGCGCCGUGCAGCCCUAAAACAUAUAUAGAGUAAUGGAAUCCGAUCCAAAACUAUACUUCAUCUACAUCUACUAGAGUAAUCUCCAAGAGCGAAGUUGCUCCUCGUAUGAAAUCUUCUGAAAUCAUUCACCACAUUCAUGCCGCAUAUGAUACAUAAUAGUUGAAUCAUGUUGAUCCAUUGUACUUACAUUUAAAACUUGGUGUUCUCCUCUAAGAAACCGCCAUUUCGCCGAAGAGUUCGACUUUAUAUCGAGUGUGAAGGACGCACGAGAACGGGCUGCGGAUGUCAAGAAAAGCGGGAUGUCACACUUGUUACGGGUACCGCCAACCCCUCUGUUACAACAUCUUUUAGCCCCUUUCCACUUGUAAAGAGCUAAAAGAUGUUCAAAAAGAUGGGCUCUCGGUACCUCUAAGCUUGCUUCGACUCAUGGUUCUUUUCUGGGUUCCCUCGCUGCAGGAGACCGUGCUUCAGGAACGUUCGAAACCCAGUGUGCUACCCCUACUCCUGCAUGGUGAGGGCCAUCCAGUAUUUGUAGACCUGAAACUUAUGGCAUGAAGCAGUCUUUUUUUUUUCUGAUGAUAAGAAGAUAAUAUGAUCACUUACUUCUUCUGGGCUAUAACAACUUUUUAUCUUUAUGCAGAUCAUGAUCAUGAGGCUGCUGUACCACAUUGUAGAUACUUACUACACUUGUACCACCCCGCUAAUAUUGGAAAAGGCAGGCUGACGGACGGGAACAUCGAGCUGAUGCGAACGAUCUUUAUCGAAAUCUUGUCGGAGACGCAGGAUUUGAAGGUACUUACUUGAGUUUUUCACGAUACUCUCUUAGGAAGUGAGGCAUAUCAUGCAGAUUGCUUCUCAACGUUGUGCAAUUCAGAUCUCUAUACUCUCUGGAUGAAAUUGUUUAUUCUCGAUGCACUAGACAACUUAAUACUUGGAGAUCUCUUUCUCUUAUAAUGCCCAUAGUACUUCUACUUCUUACAAUUCAGGCUGCUUUGGUGCCCGUUCCUGGUAAGGCAGCGGAGUUAGAAGAUCUCACGCACGUCGCACUAGCUUUGCGGAAUCUAUUGACUUUUCUUGACUUAUGGCGGUAUUGCGACUAAUCUUUUCUACUUUGCAAAGCAUGAUGUACGAUCGAUGUUUUCCGGAAUUUUUUGUUCAUUGACUUCUCUUCAUAUUUAGAAUUCAAAUUCAUCAUCGGGAUCGGGUAUCCGAUGUUCAUGUAACUACUACUAGUCUAGAGCAGGUAGAAGAAAAGUCCCGUCAUAUGUUCUUCGCUCCAAUCGUUGCCUCCCGUCUUUUCAUUGCUAGAUGUAGUAGACUACACAAUGACAACUCUAAUGUUUGUCUUUCGUCCCUUCCAUUCUGCAAUCUGUAUGGGAGUAAGAGAGCCACCAGAAAAGCGGGACACAGGGGUGCUCGCUUACUUGGAUUUGCUAGAGCGUAGAGUGAGGAACGCGCUGCAAGAGGUCGAUGCUGAAGUAGACAGAGGUUAUGGAGGGUUACAUAUGCGUACUAACUCCUAGAGAAAAUGAUGAUCUGUACAUCUAUAGUACUUUUUUUUUCAGAACUACGUACUCGAGAAGUAAGACUAGGUCUUUAAGUUGCUACAUGAUGAAGAUGAUCAUGAUCAUUGUCUUUCUCGUUGUGAAAAUUGAACAUCAAGCUGCUUCUUCUCCUUCGACCUGGAUACCUCAUCGAAAAUAUAGCUCACGUAACGAAUAACAUCAGAAAUAACAUCAGCAAGAAAUAGGAGAGACUACAAGGAUGUCCGAUUUCUAAGCAAAUGCGUACACCUACAUCCUGCGAAGCGAGAUGAGACCACGAAGUGCGGCUGGUCCGGCGUUCCAACCGUUCCCGGAACUAGACUACCUCUACCACGAGGCAUCGGAAUGCUGAACUACAGAAGAAGAUCAUAGUAGUCAAAACAGACCACACGACAGCGUCACCAGUAACAAUAUCUUCGGGAAACAAGAAGAACAAAGGAGCACUGUAAAAUCCAUUAUCCUGAGGGAACGGAAAGAUCAUCAUAGAGUGCAUGGAUCUAAGAAACAAUAUCACAACUUCCAUAUCUAACGAAUCGCAAGCUAAGCUUUACCCAACAAACUAACCAUGUCCUCGUCUUCACGACGCAUAUCUAAUGAAGAUGAGAAUCUUACCUGGUAAUGAAUAUGAUCUCCGAAUCCGAUAUGUCACUGAAGGUGCUUGAGGAGCAGGUCUUCGACCAUUAUAAUUUUCCAUUUCUUCUCUCAUGUUUUUUGAGACUAACAGGUGAUAAACCGUCUUGCUAGACGGGUUCUUACUGGGAGUAAUGUUGUGACUGUGAUAGAAGUGCAUAUUUUGAACAUAAGCAACUUAUUUCUGGCUUUCCGUUCGUGUCAGUCUUCUUCGCUGACUUUUUGGAGGCUUUCGCUCAAACGGAAAGAUUUCUCGAACGCGUAACUACACAUAUUAAUGAGAUGACUAUUUUUCGGCGCGCUGCUUUGUCGCGCUGCAAUAGACUAGAGUGCUUGCUUUACUUCGUUCUUUGCAUCCAUUGAGAUUCAUCCUCACACCGGAAGCCAAAGCGCUAAGCUACGCAUAUUACUAGGAUUUGAAGGUAGUUAUAAGGGUAAGGCUAGACCCAGAUGAGAUAUAAUUUGUUUAACCUUGAAUCUGCAUUUUUGGCUGUGUAGCGAGUGUGCACUCGAGCACCAGGUGUAUAAUCUCCUGUGCGCUAAAUAGAACAUUGUUCAUGUAGUUGGACUGGCAUGUGGAUGUUUUUCGACUAUUCGUAGAUCUAGAUCGAUUCCUAGGCCUGACACUAGUCGUUGUUUACUUACUGGUUUCGUGUUAUAAUUAUUCACUUUUGUCGCAUCAACAUAGUGUAAUGACAAGAAUGUUGCUAGUGUGCAAUAGCAAUAGUCCGUCGGACUUUUUUGUGAUAUGAUGCGUCUUGUGCCCCGAGACGGAUGAAUACUUACACCAAAAAAAAAAGAGAUGAUAAUGCAAGCAUGAUAAUGCAAUCAUGAUGGUUCUAGUGCAGUGAUUUUUUCAUCGUAAUAUUUUUCAACAUUGCCACGAUUGGAAGCUCAUCUGGUUUCGUAGAAAUUGUUGUCCGCAGGAAUCUCCAGAAAUCUGAAAUCUGAAAUCUAGGACAAAGGUUGUCCAACGCU